AGGCGCGAGGCGCUGUCCAGUCCUGGGCACUUAGGGAAUGCAGCGCGGCCGGGCAAGAGGCUGCCGGGUGCGCAGAGAGGACUUCGCGGUCGGAAGUGGGGGAUCCCGUUGUGGGGCAGGAGCUUCCCCAGGGUCAAAGGCCCAGCCUGCAGGGAGCCCUGCAGUGUAUGUGUGGUAACACCAUGUCUGUACCCCUGCUCACCGACGCUGCCACUGUGUCUGGAGCUGAGCGGGAAACGGCUGCGGUUAUUUUUUUACAUGGACUUGGAGACACAGGGCACAGCUGGGCUGACGCCCUCUCCACCAUCCGGCUCCCUCACGUCAAAUACAUCUGUCCCCAUGCGCCUAGGAUCCCUGUGACACUCAACAUGAAGAUGGUGAUGCCCUCCUGGUUUGACCUGAUGGGGCUGAGUCCAGAUGCUCCAGAGGACGAGGCUGGCAUCAAGAAGGCUGCAGAGAACAUCAAGGCCUUGAUUGAGCACGAGAUGAAGAAUGGGAUCCCUGCCAAUCGAAUCGUUCUGGGAGGUUUUUCACAGGGCGGGGCCUUGUCCCUCUACACAGCCCUCACCUGCCCCCACCCUCUGGCUGGCAUUGUGGCAUUGAGCUGCUGGCUGCCUUUGCACCGGAACUUCCCCCAGGCAGCCAACGGCAGUGCCAAGGACCUGGCCAUCCUCCAGUGCCAUGGGGAGCUAGACCCCAUGGUGCCUGUACGGUUUGGGGCCCUGACGGCUGAGAAGCUCCGGUCAGUUGUCACACCUGCCAGGGUCCAGUUCAAGACAUACCCAGGGGUCAUGCACAGUUCCUGUCCUCAGGAGAUGGCGGCUGUGAAGGAAUUUCUCGAGAAGUUAUUGCCUCCAGUCUAAUCAGAGUUGCUGGCCCCCAGCUAACAGGGGACCCAGCAAGCAAGUGCGGCACCAUCUUGGAUCUGAGCCGGUUGAGCCCGUUCCCUCCCUCCUGCCCUUCCUCUAAGGCCUGGCCUGGCCUUGGCCUCUUGGCUGUCUGCAGCAGGUGGGCUGCUUCCUUACCCCACUUCCCUGAAGGCGGCCCCCCGGCAGCAGUAUUGGAGGGGAAGUAGGCAGCGGGAUAAAGGGGCCCAGCUGCUGACCCACUCACUCAGGACCUCACUCACUAGCCCCGCUUUGGGCCCCCUCCUGCGACCUCAGGGUUUGGCCCAUGGGGCCCUUGUAGGCCCCAGCCCAACGGUUGCCCGGAUAAUCCCGUGUCUCCUGCCUCACUGCAGCUGCUUCUCAAUCAUGAAUGUGUCCGAGGCCCGGGCCCCUUGCUGCUGUGGCUGCCUGCCCCUGGGCAGGGGUGUCGGUGAGGAGUUGGGAGCCUUCCCACAGCCAUCCCCCCACUUGGGGGCUGGGCCCUGCCUCCCCAUUACCCUCCUCCCUUGCAGGCCUGGAGCCUGCAGGGUUGGACUGAGGCUCAAGGUCUCCCCUGGCUGUCUCACCCUCACUGCGUCCCCACUCUAGGGCCAGGGAGGUGGUGGGGGAGGAGUCGUGUCUCGUCUUCUGUCUCCAUGUGGUUUUGGGUGUUUUUCUUGUUGUGCCCUGGAUUCCAAUAAAAUUAAAGAAAUUGCUUCCUCAA